CACAAAUUUCCUCUACUAAAGACUUCAGAACUUGGGUUAAUUAAACAACAAAGCACAAGAGGUAGGAGGGUGGUCAUGGCCUUGGCCCCCUACCCGCCAUCUCAGCUUCAUUCUCACCUCCUCAAAACUACUCCUCCUUCUCUAACCUUUUCAUGGAAUAAUCUUCUCAAGGCCUACUCACCCUCCCGUCUUUCUCUUCUCCUUUUCUCCCACCUCCUCUGCUACCCCUCCUUCUCUCCUAAUCGCUUCACCUUCCUCUUCCUCCUCAGCUCACCCUGUAAACCCAUUGAAGCACAACAACUCCACGCCCAAAUCCUCAAAACCCCAUCUCUCAGUUCCUACCCAUUCUUGCAAACUCGCCUUAUAAACACAUACGCCUCCAUUGAUGACUGUGAUUCUGCACGCCAAGUUUUCGCAGAAAUUUCCACUAAAGAUCUCGUCUCUUACAGCUCCAUGAUCUCUAUGUAUUCUCGAGACCUCUGCAUUGACAAAACGUUUGAGUUGUUCAAUGAAAUGCGCUUUACUGGUAUCGAACCAGACCAACAGGCCAUGGUGGCUCUUCUGAGCCUCACUUCUUCUGUUGGUGCUCUGGAUUUUGGCAGAUUUCUCCAUGGAUACGUUGCAAAGAACCGAAUUCAAAUGAAUGCUUAUUUGGGUACUUCUUUGCUGGACAUGUAUUCAAAAUGUGGAUGUUUAGAAGAAGCCGUCAAAGUGUUCCAUGAAAUACCUGAAAGAGAUAUCACUUCAUGGAAUGCUUUAAUUUCAGCCAUGGCAGUGUAUGGCCGGGGUUUUGAGGCUGUGUGCACUUUCGAGGCCUUUCUCGCAAGUGGGCAAAGGCCUGAUGAGGCAACACUUAUUGGGUUGCUCAUGGCUUGUACCCAUGGUGGGCUCGUGGAUCACGGACGCAAGUAUUUUGCCAGGCUCAAGCGUGGUGAAUAUGGGUUCAAGCCCGGAGUGCAUCAUUAUGGGUGUUUUGUGGACCUACUUGGACGAGCUGGUCUCAUCACGGAUGCCUAUGAGCUCAUUUUGAGAAUGCCUUUUGAACCUGAUGAGGUAAUAUGGGCUACACUUUUGAGCUCGUGUAGUGUUCAUAAGAAUGUUGAGAUCGGAAGAGUCACAGCUGAGAGGUUGCUUGACUUGAAUCCUGAUAAUGCUGGCUACCAUGUGGCGCUUUCAAAUUUGUAUGCAUCGGAGGGAAGGUGGGAAGAGGUUGCAGAGGUUAGAAAGAGGAUGAAGGAUAGAGGCGUUGAGAAGACACCAGGGUGUAGUUGGGUUCGAAUUGGUCACAAGGUUUACAGAUUCGUAAUGGGAGACAAGCUGCAUUCUCAGUCCCCAGAGAUAUAUGCGAUGCUAGAUGCGAUAAGGAUGGAGUUGAAGCUGGCUGGUUAUGUGCCGGACAUGAGCUCUGUGCAUGCUAGGCAUGGGGAAGAAGCACUGGAGCAACACAGUGAGAGACUGGCAGUUGCCUUUGGCCUCAUCUCUACCAAUGAAGGGGCCACUAUUCGUAUCACGAAGAACCUUCGUAUAUGUUUGGACUGCCAUUCGGUGUUUAAGCUUAUAUCCAAGAUUUAUAGAAGAGAGAUUUUAGUGAGAGAUGGAAAAAGGUUCCAUCAAUUUGAGCAUGGGUUGUGUUCAUGUGGGGACUAUUGGUAAUAAAACAAAGGGCAAUUUGCCUUGUUGUCUUGUAACAUGUACUGAUCACCAUUUCUUGAAUCUGUAAAUUUGUGAUGAAUACAUUCCAUUCUAUGUUUAAGCUUAUCUCCAAGUUUUAUAGGAGGUGGAUUUUAGA